AGGCGCGCGUUUUCAACAUGGUGGACAGCGUAGAGAUAGUUCAGUUUGGAGAGUAAAACGAACUUAGCCAGAUUUCAUCCUUGAUUUUUAUAGAAUGGAAAAGGAAGAAACUCUCUGUCUCGAUAAACUUGAAAACUCAUACAGGGAAGUUGAGAAGCAACUUAAUUUAUGGAAGGAUACCCAGCGUCAUUCUACUGAACUGAUUCAGUCGUUAACCAGUCCAAUGGAGCAACUUCGCUCUUGUGCGAAAACCUCUUUCGAACGUUCUCCUCUAUGUGAUUUUGAGGGAUUAAGAGAGAAACUUCAACACAAGCUUUUAAAGCGAAUAGAAGGUAUCAUGGGAAAGAUUCAAGAUGACAUGAACAUAUUCAAAGGUGUGUCACACAAGAUUGCAACACUUUGUGGAAGCAGUUUGGAAGUCUAUGAAGCUCACUCUAGUUAUCUACCCAUGUCUGUUGUUUGUGAAGGGACUUGUACUCGGCCUUCAAUUGCAGACCUACUGGAGGGGCUCUGUGACUUGAACAGAAUACACUAUGAAUUAUAUCAGGACAAAGUUGACAUUUUGGGGAGAAUAACAUACACAGCACCAAUGACAAACGUGUACAAGGCCAUCAGGGAAUGGACUUCCAUACAAGACAGGAAUGCUUACAAGAUAAGGGAUAUCAUGGAGCCGGUGGCAGUAUUCCUUGCAAGUAGAGGUGGAGAGCAAAACGUUUAGACAUCAGAGCUAUACGCACGUGUUGUGAGAGCGACAGUCAUUUCGUCAACGGUUUUCGUCCCUUCCUUGACACUGCACACAGCUGGACGUCAAACAGAGUUGCAUGCAUUUGGCAAUAAGGAACGAACACUUCUGUUCAAGGGAUAAAACACAGAGAUGCGUGUAUGUGGCAAUGAGGCAAGAACACUUCCGUUCAAGGGAUAAAACACAAUAGAUUAAUUCUUUACUUACUCUCUUUGAAACUUUCUCCUUUGGCCGCAAAAUAUCGCUCAUUGUAAACUACAUUCACGUUUGAAGUAUUCGACAUGGGCUGACUACAUGGAUCAACGAUGUCAUGCCGUUUUCUUGUCGUUUUCUUUUCCAAAACAUUCUCCGCGAAAUAGUUGGAAUAAGCCGCCAUCAUGAAACUGUAGCGAGCAGAAUCAUUAUUUUAGGAAUCGCUGACAGUCAUGGCGUCUUACUUAAUAUAUGCAGGGAGCCCUGUGAAAAGCACUCUGGAAUUGUCUGCGCAAGAUAAUACAAAUAUAGUCGCUUUCAAACUGGCAAGUUUAUUACAAAUAGGGUCACGCGUUGCUCGAACUUCGUUGGUUUAAAGAAGGAUGCUAAUGAACUAGAAGUUGAUAAGAAGUGGAUAUUGAACGCCUCUAAUAUCAAGUGCAGAUAAAAACGUUGGUGACACUUAAAAGUUUUGGGGUUUAAAAUGUUUUUACAUGAGGUGGAAACUAUCUGUAAGAUUCUACUUUACUGCCCCUGUAAGUAGGUGGCGUACCCAGAACAAAUAGUUUUACAAGUUUAUUAAUCUGAAAAAAAAAAAAAAAAAAAUGAUAAUAUGAAAUCAAAAUUAAUGUCCAAUUUUCAUGAUGCGGUUCCAUACUUCGUGAGCGACUCUUACUUAGUAUAGAGCACAUCAGUUUGUCUCUCGCCUUUUUUAUGUGUGCUAAAGGAGAUAAAAUAAAGCAUGGCGUCGUCAACUGGAUUCAGCAGAAAAGGAA